AUGCACUUCUUCCAGAUCGUUGUCGGCUUUGCCGCUGCCGUGUCCGCCAUUGACAUCCAGAAGCACUUCGGACAGACCUGCAGCGGCAACUACCGCGUCUGCAGGGGUCUGAACCCCAACGUCUGCUGCGUCGGCGCCACAGCCGAGAGCCUCCUCUUCCGCUACAUCCCUUCCGAAUGGCGCAUCGAGUGCCGUGGCUACACGGGCGGGGACUGCCGUGACCGCCGCUCCACCAUCUUCUCGGCCGGGGCCACGUCCAUCUGCAUGCAGUCCGGCGGCAUUCUCUUCACCGGCGCCGGUUAUGGCUUCGUCAACCGGAAGAGGGCCCCCGACUCGGAUGAGACGUGCACCGACGCCGAGCUCCAGCUCGCCGCGGACGGUCAGCCCCAAAACUGCCAGUCCAGCCAGGAGCCCGACACCCUGGUUCUCGUCGACGGCUCCGACUUUGCCAUUGCCGCCGACCCCAACGUCACUUCUGCUGCCGACAUCCCCGACGAGUUCAAGUCCAUUGAGAUCGUCUAA